UAACCUUAACCGCAUGGAGAACACACGAUGCGAACUCCUUGAAUUUAUUGGACGACAUGUGAGUCAAUCUUCCUCUACGAUUUGACAAUCGGUUGUGCAGUGGAAAACCGGGAAGUAUUGAGGACCAUCUAACAUGCGAGACCUCCGGAUUAUAGCAGUCGUUGUUGCUAAUGUAAGUAAGGGAGGUAUGCAGUAGCGCAAGGGGUAGUGUUUUUGAAAACAAACAACUCCAGUAAGUCUUUUGUAGGAAUUGAGAUUUUGAAUUAACUUUGUCUCGCUAUCGCAGAAUCUCGCUGGUUGCACUAUUUGCCUGCUUUGUCGCUAUGCGGUCGGACACGUCAAAUGCUUGCUAGUGUUAUCGCAUCAUCUGCGCGAUAUUCCUCUCGCCCUCUCUAUCUAUCCGUCCUUUGCUCGACUGUCGUAGUCCACCCACAGCACCGCUCGAGACUCAUCCAGAGACCACAGAUCAACAUGCAGGCUGCCCGGAAUACCGCUGUUUGCGAAGGAGCCUCCCUUGCAUCCGAAGCAGCCAGGGGUAGAGCUGACAGAGCCAGUCCCUCUAGGCUUGUGAUCACCGACAGAACCCGGAGGACACCGAGUCCAAGAGGGCCAAACGGGGACGAAGACUCGGAAGCAGAGUCCUAUCGGGGCGGUAGGACUGAUGCUGUCGACAGGGACACGCGCAACAGAGCCUUCGCAUGGUGCCGAGACUUCUUGUCAGGCUCGUGGAAGAAAAUCUCUGUGGAGGACUUUCAAAUCAGCAUCGUCAGCGGGGGCCUGAGUAACCUCCUGUACAAGUGCAGUUUGCCUGACCAUGUUCGCCCAGAGGGAGACGAGCCGCCCCGUGUGCUCCUACGGGUGUAUGGAGCCAUUCUACAGGGUGUGGAUUCUCUGGUCCUGGAGAGUGUGAUGUUUGCUAUCCUGGCAGAGCGAUGUUUGGGCCCUCGUCUAUUUGGCAUCUUCCCUGAGGGAAGACUGGAGCAAUACAUACCUAGCAAACGCUUGCGUACGGAGCAGCUGGCCAUUCCGGAGCUUUCCGCUGAGAUCGCCACCAAGAUGGCGCGCUUCCACGGCAUGAACAUGCCCUUCAACAAGGAGCCCAAGUGGCUGUUUGGGACCAUCGACAGGUACAUGGAGCAGAUCAAGACUUUGAAGUUUGUGCGAGAGGCCCACGUGAAGAAGUUCAACAAGCUGAUGAAGCACGACCUGCCCAGUGAACUGGAGAACCUCAGGGCGCUGCUGGCAGCGACUCAUUCUCCUGUGGUGUUUUGCCACAAUGACGUACAAGAAGGGAACAUACUAAUGUUGGACGGGCGAGAUGCAAAAGCCACUGAGAAGCUGAUGCUUAUCGACUUUGAGUACAGCAGCUACAACUACAGGGGCUUUGACUUCGGGAACCACUUCUGUGAAUGGAUGUACGACUACACCUACGACCAAUGGCCCUUCUACAAGGCCAGCCUGGACCACUACCCAACCAGGGAACAACAGCUCCACUUCAUCCGCCACUACCUGACGGAGACGGGUGGUUAUGGGGACAGAGAGGACCACCUGCAGGUGGAGGAGGAGCUGAUGGUGGAGGCCAACCGGUAUGCACUGGCUUCUCAUUUCUUCUGGGGCCUCUGGUCCAUCAUCCAGGCUCGGAUAUCCACUAUUGAGUUCGGUUACAUGGACUAUGCCCUAUGUCGGUUUGAUGCCUACUUCAAGCAGAAGAAACUUUUAACCUGAAAUGAGACAUGAAACCACCAUAAUCCCGCUUCAUCUGGACGGGAGGGGUUUAAACCCCCC